AUGAGAGAUAUAAAAAAAAUGAGACUUGAAUUAUUAGAUUUCAAUUUUUAACGCAGAACAAAUGAACAUAAUUCAUUACUUGUUUAACUUAAUCAAUAAGUAUAUGUUAUUGAAAACUUAUUAAUUCCAAGAAAAGAAUAAUUAGAACUUAGAAUUGCUGCUUUUGAAGAAUAAUAAAAUAGAUAAAAAAAUAGAUGA